AUGGAUGCUCAGGUUGUGAAAAGUUCAUCACCUCCUUCCCAUGUAGGAAUUCAUGUUAUGAGGGCAGCAAUAAGGCUGCUAGCAGUUUUUGUAGUGUUUUUGGGGUCUCUUUUUGUUUGGUUCAUGAUGCCCACCAACACAUAUUCUCAAAUUUGGCGUCUUCAAAUCAGAAAAAAGACUAACUCAAGUACCUAUCUGGGGUCAGAAGGUUCAAAUAUUGUGAUGUUCACAUUUCCCAUUUUGUUCCUUGCGCUGUUGGGUUGUGUCUUUCUCCAUCUGGGAAAGAAGUUGAACGAUUAUAAAGUGGAAAGCAGCAGCAGCAAUGGCACAAAGAAUCGGUUUGCCGUAUGGAAAAAGCCUAUGCUGGUAAAAGGCCCCCUAGGAAUUGUUUCCGGCAUAGAGCUGGCCUUCUUCAUCAUGUUCAUUGCACUCCUAAUUUGGUCAUUCUCAACAUACUUGCACAACAGUUUUGCCAAUAUCACCCCAAAAUCAGCAGCAAAGAACCACGAAAAAAUAUGGGAAUCUAAGUUGGAUAGUGCAGCACUGAGGCUAGGCCUUGUUGGGAACAUAUGCCUUGCGUUUCUUUUCUUCCCAGUGGCUCGAGGGUCUUCAAUCCUGGCACUAUUUGGCCUCACCUCUGAGGGCAGCAUCAAGUACCAUAUAUGGCUUGGACACUUAGUCAUGCUCCUCUUCACAGCUCAUGGCGUUUGUUACGUCAUCUAUUGGGCCGCCACAGGUCAAAUUUCGCAGAUGGUGCAAUGGGACAAAACUGGGAUAUCAAAUAUAGCUGGAGAGCUAUCUUUGCUCUUUGGACUGAUCAUGUGGGUGACUGCCAUCCCUCGCAUUAGGCGUAAAAUCUUUGAGCUCUUCUUCUACACUCAUUACCUUUACAUCCUCUUCAUGAUCUUCUUCAUCCUUCAUGUGGGCAUGUCCUACUCUUGCAUUAUGCUCCCUGGUUUCUACCUCUUCUUGGUUGAUCGUUUCUUGAGAUUCUUGCAAUCCGGAACAAGAGCUCGAUUAAUCUGCUCACGAGUUUUGCCAUGUGAAACCCUAGAACUCAACUUCACCAAGAGCCCAGGUCUGAAAUAUAAUCCUACAAGCGUCAUGUUCAUAAAUGUGCCUAGUAUUUCCAAGAUGCAAUGGCAUCCUUUCACUGUGACUUCCAACAGUAGUUUGGAACCCGAAAAGAUUAGCGUCGUCAUCAAAGCUGAAGGAAGCUGGACCAAGAAGCUUUACCAAAUGGUAUCAACCCCUUCUCCUACUGAUCGGAUUGAGGUUGCUGUUGAAGGGCCUUAUGGACCUGAUUCAACUCAUUUUCUAAGGCAUGAUACCCUUGUGAUGGUGAGUGGAGGCAGUGGAAUUACCCCUUUCAUCUCCAUAAUCAGAGAGCUUCUCUUGAUGAGCACAGCAUUGAAAUGCAGAGUUCCAAAAGUGGUCUUAAUCUGUGCCUUCAAAAGCUCAUUGGACCUCACCAUGCUAGACCUCAUUCUUCCCAUGUCCAGCACCUCAAUUGACAUGUCCAACCUGGAGCUCCAAAUUGAGGCCUAUGUGACAAGAGAGACAGAACCAAAAACAGAUGGCUCAAAGCCCCUUAGAGCCAUAUGGUUCAAGCCCCUGGCAACUGAUGCACCCAUAUCACCCAUUUUAGGCAAAAAUCACUGGCUCUGUCUCGCCCUCAUAAUAGCAUCCUCCUUCAUCAUGUUCCUAAUCUUGAUCGGGAUCAUUACGCGCUACUACAUUUACCCGAUCGAUCACAACUCCAACGCCAUUUUUGCUAAUUGGUUAAGAUCUGUGCUGAACAUGUUGGCUAUAUGUGCAGCCAUAGCCUCAACAGCUAGUGCAGUAGUUUUUUGGAACAAGAAAAAGAAUGCUAUGCAAAAUAAGCAGAUUCAGAACAUGGAAGGGCCAGCACCAAUGGGGACACCAGAAUCACUGUUUUAUAAUGCUGACAGAGAAUUGGAGAGCCUUCCCCAACAGUCUCUUGCCCAAGCAACCAAUGUGCACUAUGGUGGAAGACCAGACCUCAAGAAGAUGAUAUUGGAGUUUAAAGGAUUAAGUGUUGGAGUUCUUGUGAGUGGCCCUAAGAAACUGAGGCAUGAGGUUGCAACCAUUUGCUCAUCUGGUUUGGUAGAAAAUAUGCAUUUUGAGUCCAUCAGCUUUAGCUGGUGA